UCGCCCUCUCAGAUGUCUGUCGGUCUUGAACAGUGCCGCGUUAAAUUUUCGAACAGUUGAAUGCGUAUUGUAAAACCGCCUGACGGCAUACGGACGCGCGACGUUGCCAGAUCACCGGAGAGCAGAGCCUGAGGAAUCUCGCUUCAAUACAAUCGAACAAAAAACAUAUAAAAUGCCUUUACCGAACGGCGAAGCGGUGAAACAAGAGGAAACAGACCUUGUUAUUUGAGACAAAGAGACCAGUUCGGAGGGCACGACGGAGCAGGAAGCCAUGCUGAAGGAACGCGAGAGCUCAGAAGGAUCCCCCGGGGCACCAGACGAGUGCGCAGGCUGCGGAGGCAAAAUACAAGAUCGAUAUUACCUCCUAGCUGUGGAUCGUCAGUGGCACGGAUCCUGCCUGCGCUGCUGCGAAUGUCGUCUGCCUUUAGACACCGAACUGACUUGCUUCUCACGGGAUGGAAACAUAUAUUGCAAAGAGGAUUAUUACAGGUUGUUUUGCGUGAAGCGUUGCGGCAGAUGCUGUAAUGGUAUCACUGCCAAUGAGCUCGUGAUGCGAGCCAGAGACCUGGUCUACCACCUCAACUGCUUCACUUGUGUCGCUUGCGGGACUCAGCUUUCUAAGGGGGAUGUGUUCGGAAUGAAAGGUGGUCUGGUAUACUGUCGUCCUCAUUACGACACCGCUUGCUUGGAUGACUACUGCGAUGAAGAAAUGACUAACGGUUAUAGGUGUCAAGAUAUGCACAAUGGCGGAAACUCACCCCAGUACUAUAGUGGAGGUUCAACUCCAAAAGGUCGGCCGAGGAAGAGAAAGAUACCCCACGGCUCUCCGGACGAGCUACAAGCACAAACCAUACGGAUGGCCAGCUCCGCUCUAGAAAUCCUGCAUCGUGGCGAUCUGUCUUCAUCCAUGGAGUCUCUGGCUUAUGACUCUUCAGUGGCCUCUCCAGGCAGCGUUUCUAGCCACACGCAAAGGACCAAGCGAAUGCGAACCAGCUUCAAGCAUCACCAGCUACGGACCAUGAAAUCUUACUUCGCAAUCAACCAGAACCCUGAUGCGAAAGACUUAAAGCAAUUGGCCCAGAAGACUGGACUCUCGAAAAGGGUCUUACAGGUCUGGUUCCAAAAUGCGCGCGCAAAAUGGCGACGUAACAUGAUGAGGCAAGAAACGAACGGGGUUAAUGGUCAUACUUCGAUUGUCCCUGGUAACGGUGGAACACCAAGUAUAGUUCCCACCGCGCUGAUCCUCUCGGAGCCUCUCCAGCCCCUUGAAGAUUUGAGGGUACAUACUCCCCAUCCGAUGGCGUUCAAUGAACUUUACUGACAAAUGGAAAAUCGUCGACUUAAAGAAGUUUGUUGCUGAAAAUACAAUGACAGCCUAUCUACUCACAUAAUUGUAUCAGUAAGAUCUUUUAUAACCACGAAAGGUAAACGAACUCUGAUAUUUAGUGACAGCGAACUUUAAGUGACAUUACUUUAAGUACAUAAUAACAUUAUUUGUUUCACUUAAUGGUUAUAAUCUACUUCAUAUUGUAAAUUAUUAAAGUAUUUUACAAACGCAUUCUCUAUCUCUAUCGGCAGCCAAAUAUCGAAUUUCCCUUUUGGAGAACUUUUUGAUUGAUAAAAAUGAAUCGUCCUAUUAAUCCGUGUUCCAUAUUUAUCUUUUAAAUGGGGUGCUUUGGUUUUACACAGAGAGAAAAAGAAAUAAAAAUACGAAAAUUUUGAAAAUAAAAAGAAAAUUCGAUUUUUGGCUUUAGCGCUUGAGUAUAUAAUAUCUUACCCUCUCGUGUAGGAAACUAGUUUUAGGAUAAGUUUUAUUUUAUAUCAGAAAGUUUGUUAAUUUGACGUCGGGAUAUCUAUAUCAUCUGGCAGACAAUCUCGCGUGUGUUAAACAUACCUGAAACAUUUUCUUUAAAAAAAACCUGUACAUUAUUUUCAUUCAGUUUUUAAUUCUCAAACUAUGAAUUUUAUUUAAUUCCGAAAUCAUCUUAUUAAUCAUAAUAAAAAUAUAUGUAUAACUAAUUCCUGUAAUAAAAGACACUUCUGAUAUUUAAGAUCGUAAAAAAUACUAAAUAUUUUCUAGUGCAUUUAAAACUAUUUAUAUAACAUAUUAAUCUAAAGUAAUUUUGAGGCUUUUAUAUUAGUUUAGAUUUAUAAUUAGUGCGUAAAUUUUCUCCCAGGACAUCAUCGUUUUGGUAAACGUUAACGUGAAUCACGUAUAAGCAGCUAUAGCUGAAGAUAAUAAUAUGACACCUAUCACUUACAUUCCAAAAUAAUUUAAAAUUUAAUAUUCUUAAAAGGACUAUAGGAACUAGUCAUACGUAGAAAGGUAUUUUAUAAUUUUACUAAACAUAAACAAAAAUAUGCAAAUCAGACUGUUUUAAGGUGAUAUUGUUCAAAGAACUAUUGCUAUUUUAAGAUCCUACUCAACAUUUACUAUUAAAUAGAUUACUCAUUAGACAAAAGUGAAUUAUUCUUUGGGCUAUUGACGUAGCCUUCUUUUGUACAUAUCUGACAAAUAAUCGUCUGCUUGCUGACUUGUGACGUCAUAGCUUUCUUAUUACAUAGUGAUCAGGGACUUGCCUACGAUGGUAUUGUGGAUUUUUCCGUUUUCAGGGAAGUUCUCCUAUUAUUUUUUCCGUAAAAGCCGAAUAGUGAGGCCAUUUAAUUCUGUUUAUACAGAUAAAAUAGUAUCAUCAGUGAGCAGUAAUCUUUAUUUUGACUUUUGACGUCAGAAAUCAGUGAACUAAGCGUUUUGGGUUACGCAGGCAAUUAAAAAUUAUUAAGUGUAAAUAAAUUCGAUCCAGAUAGCUAAAAUAUAUCAUUAUUCGAAAGAGAACCAUUUAAGGUUGUCAAGUUUCAACCUGCAUAAUGUUUUCUUGUAUGGAAUGUAUCAGUUAUCAAUGUAGUCAAUUAUCCAAUUUUUUAAGUACUUUGUAUGGAAAUAUGUACUAUUUUUGGUUCUUUUUUUUAUAGCUUAGAUGCGUGGACGAGCUCACAGCCCACCUGGUGCUAAGUGGUUACUGGAACCCAUAGAUAUCUACAACGUAAAUGCGCCACCAACUUUGAGAUAUAAGUUCUAAGGUCUCAAUAUAGUUACAACGGCUACCCCACCCUUCAAACUGAAACGUGUUACUGCUUCACGGCAGAAAUAGACAGGGUGGUGGUACUUACCCUUGCGGACUUAGAAGACGUCUUACCACCAGUAAUUACGUAAAUAAUAAUUGCGUCCUAUCACAAUUCUCUAGAUAAGGAUCACAAAAAAUAUUUGGAAAACUUACUAUUGAUUAUUUUCGUUAUUCAAGCAAGAUUUCAUUCCUGAACAAUGGCUCAAUGUAAAAAAUAAAUCGGUUUUAUAUUACAUUUUAUCCGACAACCAGAAUAAUAUCUAGAUAUUAUUAUACUUUUAUUAGAACUAAUAAAUCAUCAAUUUUAGUUACUUUUGAAGUGAAAACUUCUUUAGAAUCGUUGUGAUUUCAGACCGGAUGCAACGGAAAAAACGACAGGUAAGAGACACAAAUACAAAAAUGUGUAGGAGGAAGCCAGCAAAGAAUGAGACAGAAAUAUACAUACUAUUUAAUACAGCGCCAUCUGUGAGAUUUUUUAACACUAACGUGUGUAUGAAAGCUCUUGUAGUGAAUUUUAAUUUAGGAUUAUACGUGAAAUUAAAAUAUCAAUUCACAGAGGGCACUACCUUACAAUUAUUUACUAAUGACAACAUUUUACAUAUACUUAAGACGUUUAGGAUAAUUGUAUUUUAAUUUUGGAAGGUUUCACUUCUACCACGUGUGAAUUGCACACAUGUAAUUUUUUUUCAUUCGUGUUUUAUUGGUAUACACUUGAAUGCUAAAACGAUUUAUUCAUUGUAAUUCAUUAUACGCUAAUGCGACAUCAAAAAUAGCAUGAUUAUAUUGCUACAGUAAAACUAUAGUAUUUCGGUUAACUAAGUUUUAAUGGAAUUUAUUUUUUAUAAUUUAUUUAUUCGUGCUCUUUAUGUCGAUAGUUGUGUGUCAUUUAAUAUAUGUACUUAAAUAUGUCCCAAGCCAUUCCUGACAGAUGUUGUAAUCUCGUUGAUAAUAAUAUAAAAAAAAAAAAACAUAAAAGUGUUUGUAAAUUACGUACAUUAAGAUUAUAAUUUUACGCAAAUAAUUUGUACUUUGAAAUUUGAUCCAACAAAUAUGUCAAAACAAAUUUAAUUUAAUUUUUAUUGACAACACAAUAUUCAUGCGAUAUUACAUUAAAGUUUGUCAAAUAAAAGGUGUCACGCAAGACAGUUGACAGUGAUAUAUAUUUUUUAUUUUAUUUAUUCAAUAUGUCGUAGUUUGGAUUUUUUUCUUGGAACACAGGUAAUUGAACUACAUACAUUAUUGCCAGGUUAUAAAAAAAUAUGGCCAAAGGACUUCAACUGGUGGCCAUAUUGUAUAUUUUUAUUAUUAUAUUAGUUAUGCUGCUAUUAUAAGAUGUCACUAAUUGUUCGUUACGUUUUACAACAUAUUAAUUUAUUGUUGUUCAUACAAACGUAAUCUUGUGUGCAACUUAAAGUUGCAUGGUAUUAAAUAAUCUAUUCAAAUAAUGAUAAUGUGGACAGUUUCAGUAUGACAGAAGUGCUUAACCAAGAAUUUAGUAAUAUGUAAACAAGAAUAUUUAACGAAAUGAUUUAUUAUUAUAAUGAAUAAAAUUAAUAUUUGUCAACAGAAUACAUAUAUAAGUUACUCUGGUUACGUUCAGUUUGCUUUUAAAUGUCACAUUUCUUCUUCAUUACCUUAGGUACGGCAAGAGCUUAAUAUGAAUUUUGGAUAUCAGGAAUACCAAGGCCACAGUCCAGAUUAUUGGAGUAUGUGCAGUGAAUGUAAUAUUCAAGACGUACAUAAUGCAUCAAAGAAACUAAUUAGGCCAUAAAAAUUGAUUGCAAGGCUUAAUUUUAAUCUAAUAUUAUGCACAACGAAUAAUUACUAGUCGUGGUACGCAAAAAAUGUCAAGCAUAUAGAAUUUAAAAAAAAAUCACUCACGCACACACACACAUACAUGAAUCGCACAUGAAACUCAUCUUCUUUGAAACAAUAAAAAAAAAUGUUUAAAAUUUAUAUGAAUUUACGCCAAAUAUGUAUAUGUCUAAAAACAAAACAGGUAUUUUUUUUAUCAGUGAACUUAUCAGUGCCAAACCAAUGUUUGUGUAUUCAUAAAAAGUACUGCGCAUAAAACGUGCUAGUUACAACUAAUUUACUGUAACACUAUAUUAUAUACCCAAUAUACAUAUUAUGUGUGUCACGAUUUUUAUAUAUGUCGUUUUAACGAUCGAAUAUUACCUACUUUUGUUCUCUGUGCAAGAAGCUCAAUAGCUGUUUUCGAAUAAUUAACAAAAACAAUAUGAUAUUGUCUCUACUCAGCUUUUGAUGACGAACGUAAAAUGUAUUUGUAUUCAUAUAGGGGGUGUUGGAGUCGUUCUCGAAUGCAUAAGUGAUCCAUAACACGAUCGACGAAACAACUUGUAAGUACUGAUUGUUUCCCGAAUACCGCGCAAUGUAACGCAGCCUAAAAAUCAGAUGACGCGCUAGGUCAGUGACCUCGGGCUUACGCGGCGAAGUGCCGUCGUUCUCUUACCUUACUGAUUCCCGAAAUACAAUCUUACUAAAAGUAAAAGUAUUAACGGUAACGCGGCUUCGAGAACGUUCUCUUUAACGCCAUCUUUAACUAUUUAGUAUUUAAGCGUAGUAUUAUUAGAUACGAAUGUAGGACAGACACAUAUUUAUACAUGAAAAUGAUUUAAUAUAUUAAAAUUCAAUUGUAA